UUUUCAGGUGGAACAUGUCGUAUCAAGAUAACAGGAAACUUCCGAAAGACACGAGGAGUUGCGUUGGAGGUUUUCGGUAUGAAGGACACAAGAAGCAACUACGACCAAGAUAUGCACAAUCUGAAAUUGGCGAGCCAUUUAUACCGAGGUUUUCUGCAAUUGCUAGUGAGGGCCAGAAGAUUGCACCACCUAACGAAGACUGGGCAGACAACACCACCGUGCUCACUGGAAUGACGACGGAUUCUUUCACAAUGGAAGAAAAAGUGAUUUAUACCCCACCAAUUGGACGUGUCAUAGGAAGACGGUGCUCUAGGUUUGUCUGGCUGUUGGCCUCGUCGUUACUUUGCAUUAUAUCGGUGGUCAGUGCGCCGAUAAUGUGUUCAUUGCCUAUAAUCGCACCACGUUUCGGCUUCAGCAUGCCGGCAAUUCAAUGUGACGUCGAUUGUGAAGGACUCCUGUUUUUAAUGGCAAUCAAAACAAUCUUUUUGGUAAUUGCAAUUGGAGUUCUUUAUUGGAGGAAAGCCAUGGCAGACAUGCCCAGGUUGUACUUUGUACGAGCUGCGCUUACAUUUUUAGUCAUGUUUAUCCUGUUCGCGUUUUGGCUCUUUUACAUUGUCAGGAUAAUGUUUGAAAGAUACGACAACUACAAGUACAUCGUUUCCUAUUCCACAUCACUGCUCGACGCUCUUCUAUGGACACAUUAUCUCUCUGUUGUGCUCCUCGAGCUUCGUCGUCUACGUGCCCAAUUCAUUGUAACUAUUGUUCGCGAUCCAGACGGUGAAAUGCAUACAUUGAACAUUGGCGCUGGCUCAAUUCAAGAAGCUGCCACCGAGAUUCUUCGUUUCUACACAACUCGAUUCUCCUCGUUCAACAUUCACCUUGACAACGCCAGACAGACGGCGGUUGCAAAGCAGUCUGGAAUGCAAGGAGGCACCGCAGGCUUCAAGAUGUACAAUAUCGAGCAAUUUGGAGGGCAGGAAACUGUUAGUGAAGUCAACACGCGGGCUUUGAUGGAAGCCGCGGCGAGAAGAAGGAUUGGUGGAUAUGCUGAAGUGAUGCAGGAAGAACUUGAUUUUGAAAAACGGUUAAAGAAGAGAAAGUAUCGCCUAAUUGCCGCCGCCGAAGACGCAUUCUCCCAUGUUCAGAACACUGCCGAGUCCGGAACGAACCAAAAGCCUGGAAUUAACAACCAGAUGGACUCACUGACCGCUGCUCAAAACGUAUUCACAUGGAUUGUCCGGCCGCUCACCAAAUAUUUAAAAACUACUCGUCUUCAGUCAAGACAUCCUUCAGGAGAAGUUACGAGGCACAUUGAAAGAUGCCUAACACUCAAGUUGUCUCAUCGAACAUUUCUCCAACGCUUCUUCAGUGACCGUAUUCCCCAACGGGAAAUUGUCGGGGAAUCGAAAUGGUCGGUAAUUUGCGACGAGGCGGUGAGCUCUGGAGUUCAACACGGAACGUAUCUAGUGCUCAAAUCGCACAACCCAGAUAUCGACUGCGGAGUUCAACUUGUUUGCACCAUCUCGAGUAUUCCGUUCUUCAAUUUGACCGAGCAAGCCAAACCUGGAAAUGAAAAGUUUUCCUUAAAAAUUAGCAAUGAGUCGGCAGUUUGAUUUGUGGGCUAGUCAUCAUGCCAUCAAGUAAACUUCCAAAAAAAUGCCCAUUUGAUUUGAUCAGUUUUUUAAAAAAUUUUUUUUACCUGUUAGCUUCUUUUCUUCAACUUUUAUUCUACAUCAUGCUGUUUCUAUGUACGGGUUCCUCAUCUGACCGAGAUGAUAAUGACUGACAUUUGACAUCUCUAUCGCGCUGCGUCACUUACUUCUUCGAGUAUUUAUUUUUCUUUAAGUUUCUUCACAUUGACUUAUGGUCUGGUACCUUUUCAAUAUGAUAUGAAUAAUUUAUUCAAGUUUAAGUUUUUCUUAAUAAAAAAGUGAUUAUUUAUUAUGUAUAUUUGAUUUUAAAAAAAGAAAAAAAAUACAUCAUGGAAAGAAAA